CGCCCGAGGCACACACGCGCAAUGCAUGGUUUCGACAGCCGAAAGGUGUGCAAUUGCAAUCACUUGGCCAGUGAGAGAUGGAGCGAAAGAAAUGCGCCUGCAGCAUCUCGAGCCGGGGUUGAUUACAUGGCUCCCAUCACCAAUUGGCUCUUGGCCUGGUACGACAUCGAGAAGCGGGAAAUCAUACGAAUGCCCAGGCUAUCAAGGCGGGCUAGGGUUAUAGACACGCCACACGCACCUUUUCUCUGCUUGCUCUUCUUAUCGCGCCGACCGUCGAUCAGUGCCUACUUGCUAUCUAUAAAACGUCGUUGAUCCCAGUCCCUGGUACAUGGCCUUUAUAGUGCAAUUCUUUGCGCUCCUCCUCAAAAAUAUACUCUGAUCGGUAGGCCUCAAGACCCUCCGUAUUCGGACACAAUGGCCUCGACCGGCAAUGACUACGUUACUCACCAUCCUUAUGACGUUGACAAAUCCCGGAACGUCAGGGUUGAUGAAGAGAAGAACUUCGCAGUCGGCCCUCGUCGCCCAAGCGUAGUGGGGUCGGUGAGGGAGGUUUCUGAUCAGACGCAUAGAAAACUCCGAAGUCGACAUAUCCAACUGAUUGGAAUCGGUGGAACGAUUGGCACGGCCCUUUACGUUCAAAUUGGCCGAGGAUUAAUGAACGGAGGCCCAGGAUCUUUGUUCCUCGCAUUUUCACUAUGGUGUACUGCCAUUCUGGCUGUGACCGUCAGUAUUGCCGAAAUGGUCACUUACCUUCCAAUCUCCUCGCCUUUCAUUCGCUUCGCUGGCCGCUACGUCGACGAUGCUUUUGGAGUGGCUGCCGGCUGGAACUUCUUCGUGUUCGAGGCCGCUCUCGUGCCCUUCGAAAUCGUGGCUUGCAAUGUCAUCAUCGGUUUCUGGAGCAACGUGGUACCAACUGGUGCCAUUAUUGCGAUUGUGAUUGUCCUCUACGGUGUGAUCAACCUGUUGGCCGUAAAAUGGUACGGCGAGACUGAAUUCUGGGCGGCGAUCGGAAAGGUGCUGCUUAUCAUUGGCCUCCUCAUCUUCACCUUCAUCUCUAUGCUUGGUGGUAAUCCCCAGAAGGACAGAUACGGAUUCCGCUAUUGGAAGAACCCAGGAUCGUUCACGGAGCUUCACUACAACGGCCAACUUGGCCGAUUUCUAGGCUUCCUCCAGUGCCUCAUCCAGGCCUCUUUUACAAUUGCUGGUCCGGACUAUGUUUCGAUGGCGGCGGGAGAGACAGAAAAUCCUCGAAAAGUCAUGCCCCGUGCGUAUAACGCUGUGUUCUACCGUCUGACCUUCUUCUUUGUGCUUGGUUCUCUUGCCGUCGGUAUCAACGUCCCGUUCAACGACCCGGAACUACGCGCUGCUUUCAGGGACGGGAAGCCCGGUGCUGCGGCCUCGCCCUACGUUAUCGCUAUGAACAGGCUCAGGAUUGAAGGGUUGCCCCACGUCGUCAACGCCGGAGUCCUCGCUUCAGCCUUCUCAGCCGGAAAUUCCUACGUGUACUGCGCGUCUCGAUCCCUCUUUGGUCUGGCUCUCGAAGGCAAGGCGCCGAAGGUCUUGACUAAGUGUACAAAGCAGGGUGUACCUUUUUAUUGCGUCGCCAUCGUCCUAGCCCUCUCCCUACUUUCUUUCCUGCAGCUAGGCGAGAACUCAGCUGUCGUCUUGAACUGGUUUGUGAGCCUGGUGACAACCUCGCAACUCAUGAAUUAUAGCGUCAUGUGCUUCACAUUCUUGCGUUUCUACAAGGCAUGCCAGGUCCAGGGUCUCGAUCGAAACACACUGCCAUACAAGGGCAUCCUCCAGCCCUACGCCGCGUACUACGGACUCGUGACUACGUUCGUCAUGACAUUUGUUGGUGGUUACACGGUCUUUCUAAAGGGAAAAUGGGACCUGACAUCAUUUCUGUUUUCAUAUCUCAUGGUCUUUAUUUUCCCCAUUCUAUUCGUUGGCUGGAAGAUCCUUAAGAAGACUAAGUGGAUCCGACCGCACGAAGUCGACCUCAUUACCGAUCUGGCGGAGAUAGAAGAGUACCAUCGCGAUUUCGUGGAGAGGCCCGAACCAAACAUGUUCAACCGUGUUUUGGACAAGUUGUUUGGCUAGGAAAAACUUCCGUUGCAAAGCGAUACUCGGGGGUGAUGGUGGCGGCCAAGUUCGUACAUAUGUGGCUACGACUUUAACAGUACAGCAUGGGUUUAUACUGAAUCUGGGCCGCAAUUCCUGUACAUUACUGAGAUGGAAAUUCGUCCUAUGUAUACCAUGCUCAAGCUAGCAU